ACCCGCGGCGAAACGCAAGAUCCAUCGAGCCCACACGGAAGGCUCCCUCCCUCGUGAUCCCAUGGCCGUUGAGCUGCAGCGCGUCCCGAUGGUGGGUGAGAUCGAGAGCGAGAAGGAGGGAUUCGGCAGCCUCGACCUCUGCGACCGCACGGCCAUGUACGGGAGGCAUGGGCGCUCGCUGGAGCCAGUGGCCGCCGCCAAGAACCUGUGGAAGUGGGUGAAAGCCAAGCUCAUGAAGAACAAAACCUACAGCUUGGCCCCGCCGUCGCCGCCGACCAGUGAAGACCAUAUCUCCAUCCGCGUCUCCUCCGACCGCGGCAUCCCCGAGGUACUCGCCAGAUCUGAUGUCAGAACAAGCAUACAUUUAUGUGCUGCAUGGUGGGGCGUGCAGCUUAGCAAAGUGGCAACUAUGGCCUCUGUGUUGACCAAGGGCUUCGAUGUCCCCCGGAACGACAACAGCCCGAACUCUGGGCUGCAGGACGGCAACAACAACGAAGUCACUCUCAACAUAGACUCAGAGUCCGUAGAGGUGCCUGAUGAUGAGCCAACGAGCGUGCCCACGAUUUUGUUUCCAGCAAACCUCGCCGUGGCACUGUGGAUGAUGGCCUUGCUCACCCUAAGCAUGGUCAUAGGCACAGUGCUCUACAAGCCUGCCAGGGGAGGCGUCUUUGGCAACAACAAAAGCAUCUACUACCUCACCCUCGCCAGCAUCUUCUUAUUUGGAGUCGCAGAGGCAUUCACAGCUUACUGUGUGUCCCGCUCCCGUGACGCUAACAAGCGUCGUUUCUCCUUUGGGAGGGUAGUUCUCUGUGCCUCAGUCGGGCCAUUCGUUGCCAUUGUCGGAAUCGGUGGUUUUACUUUCAUCAAGGGCUAAUUGAACAUGCACUGCGCCACUGACUUUCGUUGAGCAAGGAAAAUCCCAUGGUGGCUACAGUGGCAAGUGGCAACAGUGUUUAAGGUCCAGAAGUGGUGGACCCGCUAGGAAUUGGGAAGGCAUUGCGUUGUUGUUGUUAUUAUUAUUAUUUUUUAAACUAGCUGCUUCAUUGCCUUCGUUGCUACUCCCUCCGUCCGAAAAUACUUGUCAUCAAAAUGCAUAAAAAGAGAUGCAUCUAGACUCCGGACGGAGGGAGUAGUAUCUUAUUUUUGUGGAAACAUUUAUUUUUGGGUCUUUGUUAAGCUGUGCCCCAGCAAUCAUUUAACUCUCCUUUAUUUUCUGGCUUGUUGAUGGCCCAGCAAUAACUCAACUCAUCUAUUUUUGGGAUU